AUGAGCGCCUCUGACAAACGCCGCGUACACGGCGUCACUGGAACCCACGUCCUGCGGACGGCCUCGUCCGCGCGGCAUGCCUACCACAGCUCCAGCAGCUCUGCCGGGGCGGGCUCCCCCAUCAGCGCCCACGCAGGCAGCGGCCCAGGCAGCAGCCACUUGCCCGCCGUGCCCCAGCGCGUGGCCGUGGUUAACGCCAGCGCCCUCAGCGACGACACUGACGACACCAACAAGGACAAGGACAAGGAAAAAGACAUGAGUCCAGGGACGACGACGACGACGAGUGGCGCCAGCACACCCGUCACCCGCACCGCCUCAUCGCGCACGGCUAAGGAAAAGCAGCGGGAGCGGGACCGCGAGCGCGAGUCGGCGAGCCUCGCGGCGCAGGUCCGCCAAAAGGACGAGCGUAUCGCAUACCUUGAGCGCGAAAUGGACACGAUGGAGCGCGAGUUCCAGCACCAGCUCGAUAAGCUCAGCGCCAACGAGAGCGAGACGGCCACCUUUUGGCAGGCUAAGCACAGCGCACUGAACCAGCAGUACUUACGGACCGACACGGAGCUGCGGCUGCUGCGGGCCGAAGUCGACGUCCGCGAGGCCGAGCGCGCCGAGCUGCGCCAGGGCUGGGAGGUGCUCCGACGAGAGCUCAUGGAGCGAGAUGAAGAGAUGCGCGGGUUGCGGGGGCAGGUGAGGGGCCUUAAAGAGUUUGUGAGCACGAGUACGCGCGCCGACGGGCAGACGAGCGACGAGGUCUUUGGCGACGGCAUGGCGCGGCUGGGGAACGGGCUGCAGAACUGGGUGAUUUCGCAUUUCCGAAAAGCGAGGCUAGAUUUGCCAAGUUUAGAUGAGGAGACUACGGCGGAAAUCAGUGAGCUGGUGCCCAUGUACGAAGAGCUGGCCAAGACGGCCAAGGUGCAUCUUUUGCAGUCGAUUGUGUCGCGCAUCUUUGUCGACAUGAUUUUUGAUUCGUACUUUGUCGGCCUCUCCGACAGCCAGACUCGGCUUUUCCGGCAGAUGGAAGAGGUACUCGCCUCGCUUUGCGGGCCAACGCAGCACGAGCCCGUGAACCAGUGGCGCGCCGCCACGCUCACGCUCCUGCGGCGGGAAGCGGCGCCUCAAGCGCACCUUCAAGACGACACGGCCGUCUUUGCCGAGCACGUCGUCUCCCGUACCAACCACGUGCUCGACCGGCUGACGGGCAGCGAGGGCAGCAGCGCCCGGGACGCGGCGCUGCGGGUGCUCGUCAACAACGCUGUGGAGCUUGCGCGGCUCCUGGUGGUGCAAAAGGCGGUGCUGCGCGUGUACAUGCCGAAGGUGCAGCCACACCAGCGUGUGCUGUUUGACCCGAGCACGAUGGAGGACGUGGGCGGCCUCGAGGACGACGACGAGGACGGUCUGGGGCCAACGCGCGAGGUGGCAUGUGUAGUGUUUCCGGGUGUGGUGAAGCAUGGGGACGAGCACGGCACGCAGCUGCAGUACCGCAACAUGAUUUGCAAGGCCAAGGUGGUGUGCAGGCAGGAGUAA